AUGUCAGGAGGAUUUGACUUAGACAAAACAGGGCCCACACGAUGGUGGGUGCUGAUUUUUGUUGCUUUAUUAGCUCUUACAAACUCUGUUAUUUGCAACAAGGCAACCCAGUAUAAGCUUAUGGUUGGUCUCCAAGCUCCUCUGAAUGUUUCCUACCCUUUCAGUUUGCUAAGGUUGGGGUCUGCAAUGCAGAUUGCAAUAGACAAGAUUAAUGCAAAUCCAUCUCUGAGUGGAAAUUUCACAUUUGACUUUGUGUACAUGGACACAGACUGUAACGCAAAACUUUCACUUCAGGGAUUCAUCGAUCAAGUAAUGAACCAAAACGCAUCAGCUCUAUUUGGUCCACCUUGUCCUGAGGAGGCUGAAGUCACUGGGCUCAUAGCAUCCACAUGGAACAUUCCCAUGUUCAGCUUUGUUGGCCAUACACCAAAAAUGGAUAACAUUCUGGUGUAUGACACUUUUAUCAAAAUUGUACCUCCAAUUAAAAGGGUUGGGGAAAUCCUGCUUAAAACACUGGAAUUCUUUGGAUGGAAGUAUGUUGCUAUGAUCGGAGGAGGUGCGGAUACAAACACAUGGGACAGUGUUGAUGCUCUAUGGAAGUCUGUGGAAAAGCAGCUCAGAGCCAAAGUAACAGUGACAGCUGGUAUCAAGUUUGAUACCAGUGACCCAGAAUUGGCAAAGAGAAACUUGCAGAUUAUCUCUAAAGUUGCAAGAGUGGUGGUUGUGCUCGCUAAUUCUGAAGACACCACGUCUCUGAUGAUAGAAGCUCAGAAACAAGGCCUAAUGCAUGGAGAGUAUGUUUUCCUCCUGGUUCAGCAGUUUGAGGUCAGUGGCAAUGUGGACACCCUGUGGAAGUCUAUGGGUGAUGCAAAUAAAACAACAAUGCUGAAGGCUUUUGACAUGGUGUUUGUAUUAGCUCAAAAGUCCUAUGAAGGGUAUAACUACUAUGACUUCUUCGAACAGGUUUAUGAGAGAUUAAAAGGGGCACCUUUUUACAGCAACCUGUCGUCAGAAAAAGAGGUAAGCUCAUACGCUGCCUAUUUACAUGAUGCUGUUCUACUUUAUGCAAUGGGCCUUAAAGAAGCAUUUAAAAAUGUUAAAGACAUCCGGCACGGACGAGAGAUUCUCCAGAAGCUCAGGGACAGGACCAACAUUAGGUUUUACGGGGCUUCAGGUCUGGUUCACUUUGAUGAAUAUGGAGAGCGGGAAAUUGACUAUUCAGUAUAUGACCUACAACAAACAGAAUCGGCCACAAAAUUUGUCUCUGUUUUGGACUUUGACAGCCAUUCGAAAAUGAUCAAACCCACAUCAAGGUUUUCUAACAUUGCAUGGAAAAACGGAAAACCUCCACUAGAUAAUCUGGCCUGUGGUUUUGAUAAUGAGCUCUGUGAAUGGUUAGACAAUGAUAUAGCUCUGCUGGUUCUGCUGGUGGCUUUGCCUGUGUUAGGAGUGGCAGCAGUGGCUUUGAUCACUUUGUUGACUCUACAGAAGACCCGUCUACAGUCUCGUCUGGAUGAGUCCAACUGGUGGCUUAUCAACUACAACGAAAUAACUAUCCUCAGAGAGCCCAAAGUAACACAAACACUGUCUGUAAGCACAACACCAAGUAAAUGUGGAAGCAGUGGCUCUCAAUCCAUGCUCUCCUCAAAUAGCUGUAGUACUAGAGAAGCCAUCUACGCUACUAUUGGACUCUAUCAGGGCAACGAAGUGGGGAUAAAGUAUUUGAAAAACCAAAUCAUCACUGAUAUCAAGAAGCCAUCGAUCAUUGCAGAGUUCAACAUGGUGAAAGAAAUGAAACACGAGAACCUAGUACAGUUCAUCGGUCUGUGCAUCGAGCCACCAAAUGUCUGUAUCAUAAUGCAAUACUGCAAGAAAGGAAGCUUGAAGGAUGUUCUUGGGAACAGUGAAAUUGAUCUGGACUGGAUGUUCAAAUUGUCCUUUGCUUAUGACAUUGUUAAUGGCAUGGAGUACAUACAUAAGAGCAGUCUGAAGUCUCAUGGAAAUCUGAGGCCCAGUACGUGUCUGGUGGAUAGCAGGCUGCAGAUCAAACUCUCUGGCUUUGGCCUGUGGGAGUUCAAGCACGGUACCAAACACAAAAUGAUUCCAAUGGAAAAUCCAAAUUAUGAAGAGAUGUACUACACUGCUCCUGAGUUUUUGAGAGAGGUCUACUACCCUUUCAAUGGGACCCAGAAAGGAGACGUCUUUAGCUUUGCCAUAAUCAUGGGAGAGCUGAUACAAAGUACAGAGGUGGGCCCAUAUCAUGAUGUUCAUCUGGAACCAAAAGAGAUUAUCAAGCAGUUAAGGACUCCAAUAAGUGACGAGCCCCUUAGACCAACCUUGUCUGCUGACAUCUGUGAUGAACGUCUCAUCCCUUUGCUAAAAGCCUGCUGGAGUGAGAACCCAGACCACAGACCCCCAUUCAUCAGUAUCAGGAGACAACUACGUCAGGCAUGUCCUGAAAGCCAUGUUAACAUCCUAGACAACCUGGUGAGCAAACUGGAGAAAUAUGCCAAUCAUCUGGAAGAAGUCGUGAAAGAGAGAACCAAUCAGCUCACAGCAGAAAAGAGCAGAGCUGAUAAGCUUCUAUCUAGCAUGCUGCCAAAGUAUAUUGCUGAUCAAUUAAUGUCUGGAAAACCAGUGGAGCCCAAAAGUUAUGACAUGGUGACCAUUUUCUUCUCUGACAUUGUGGGUUUCACCACCAUGUGCUCCAUUAGCUCAGCUCUGGAGGUGGUCACCAUCCUCAAUGACCUCUACAGUCUUUUCGAUGAGAUCAUCAAGCUAUAUGAUGUCUACAAGGUGGAGACUAUAGGGGAUGCAUAUAUGGUGGCCAGUGGACUGCCUAUCAGUAACGGUACUCGUCAUGCUGAGGAGAUCUCAACUAUUGCACUCCACUUCCUAUCUGCCAUCAAAAGGUUCAAAAUUAGGCAUCUGCCUAAUGAAAAAUUGGCCUUACGGAUUGGGAUCAAUUCUGGCCCAGUGGUUGCUGGAGUUGUAGGCAGUACAAUGCCCCGAUACUGUUUAUUUGGCGAUACAGUGAACACAGCUUCUAGGAUGGAGAGCAACAGUCUUCCACUGAGAAUCCAAGUCUCCCAGAGCACUGCUGAUAUUCUCUUCAAGAUGGGAAAUUUUGAACUGGAGGAGAGGGGCGAUAUAGAAAUAAAGGGAAAGGGAAGACAGAAAACGUUCUGGUUGAUAAGCAAAUCUGGAUUCAGUUUUCCACCCAUUGGGCAGGACUGUGAUGCAAGUCCUAAGUAAGGAACAGAUCACAGUUAG